AUGCAUAGAGCAAGGACACCUUUUAAAAUUAUAACCAGACACAAUUCGAGCCUAGUGGACUACUACAAGCUGUUUCCCAAAACAUUCCCCAAGGGAUCGCCACCCAAUUCCUCUUUCUCGGUGGACCUGAAGCAGCUUCGGAAAGAGUUCCGAUUACUCCAAAGCACCAACCAUCCCGACCUCAAUCGGAUCAAGGAUGAGACUUCGGGCGAUUUGUCCUCGCUUCUCAAUAACGCAUACACGGUGCUGUCAAGUCCCUUGAAACGGUCGCAGUAUUUGCUGAAGAAGAACGCCAACAUCGAUCUGAACAAUGACUCGGUGAACAAAAAGUUCCAGUUCCAGGAUCAGUCUGUUUUGAUGGAGAUAUUGAAUGUCCAUGAGGAUCUGGAAGAUAUACAGAGCGAGCAGGAACUAGCAAAGCUGGAGCACGAGAACGACGAGAGAAUUGAGAAAAGCAUUGCAAAGCUGGAGGAGCUCUACAAAACAGAGGACUAUGAGGCAAUUGCCGUCGAAACGGUGAAGCUGAAGUUUUGGGAAAAUAUCAAAAAUGCAUUAAAAGAGUGGGAGGCGGGCAAGCCGGUGAAUUUGACUCACUGA